CAGGUCAGGAAGAGCAGUGAGCAGCUGUGUGCUGCUGACCGCCGCGUUUGGUUGCCAGUGACUCCUGCGAGUGCGACCCGCCUGCUGGAUUGUGAGGACUGAGGAGCUCUGCUGUCUGCACACUGUGGAUACUGAGGUGUAAACCCCAAGUCACAGGACGAGAUAGCAGCAGGGACUGCCAGGAAUCUUCCACCGAAGUGGACCUCAUACUUUAGACUGAGAAGCCAGGUGGACCACUGGUAAGAAAGUCCCUAGACAUCAACCACCUAAGAAGCCAGACCCCAGGAGAAUUGGAGUGAUACUAGAGUCCAGAUCCAGAGACACUACAGAGAUGGAUCUACAGAGGGAUGAAAAUAUCCAGAAGUUGGAGAACUGUAGAGAAGGGGUGGACCUCACCGACUGCUCAGAGGCUGAGAGCGAUAGCUCAGAGGACUCCUUAUUUGAGGCAGGAGACUGUCCCGAGGAUGAUGGUGAUUACGUCUGCUCCUUGUGUGGGAAGACAUUCAAGCACUUCUGCCACUUAAACAGACACAAGAGAAGCCACUCCAGACGGAGCGUCUACAGAUGCCUGGAAUGUUCUAAAACUUUCCGUGAUCAGAGAGAUCUGGACAUCCACCACAGAUCCCACACCGGUGAGAAGCCCUUCAAGUGUUCAGAGUGCGAGAAGACCUUUGUCAGCCAGUCCCACCUCGCAUCCCACAGGAGAACCCACACGGGAGAGAAGCCCUACACCUGCCCCGUGUGUCAGAGGAGUUUUACCCACUUGUCCAGCUUAAAGAGGCAUGAAAAGAUCCACAUCGGGGACAAGCCUCACAAGUGCCCCGAGUGCUCAAAAGCGUACACUCGGAGAACCCACCUGAUGCGCCACCUGAGGAUCCACACGGGUGAGAGACCCUAUCAAUGUGACCAGUGCGGGAGAACGUUCACUAGGAAAUUCAAUCUGAAAUCGCACUCCAGAGUCCACACUAAGAAGAAGUCUAAGAAGGGAGACCAAGAGGACCCCGAGUCUUCUGGCAGCACGGACGAUUCUGAGGAUUGGUCAACAUGUGGCCCAAAAUGAGCGUAGAGCAGGUCCACCUUGAAUCAUCCACUUUUGUCAAAAAUGAUGUGGCAGCCAGGACCUGGGCUGCCUGCUUAUACUGUAAAAAAUUGCAUUAAUUGUGCAGCCUAGACAAAAGAUUGGUCUGGCUUGAUGGCGUCCAAGGUGCCUGAGGUGAACUUCACCUGGUUGCUAAGGACACACUGCCUAGCAACCAGUCUUUUCUAUAAGGUUGUCAGCCAGUUCGUAGUAACCAGUCCAUCUCGGAUUUAUAAGUCGUAACAGAACAAAUGACAGAAGAGGUUUGGGAGGCGGUUGUGUACCCUCAGUCCAGCGAUCUCAUUACAGGGACCCCUCACCUUUGACCUUUUUUGACAUUUCUAUAGGUCACCAUGUGCUUUAAACCCUUUAAGGCUGUGCUGGCUAACCUCCGUUACUCCAGCUGUGGUAAAACUACGGCUCCCAAGAUGUACACUUUCUUGGCUGUUCUCAGAACUCCAUAGAAAUGAAUGGAGCAUGCUGGGAGUCGUAGUUUUACCACAGCUGGAGUCCCAGAGGUUUGCCAUCACUGCUUAAAGGGGUUUUCCAGGAAUGAUGAGUUUUUAUCUAGUGCCAGCAGUCUGCCUCUCUAAACAGAAGAUUCAUACUUGCCCGCUCCCUAGUCCUCCGCUCUGUUCAUGUUCUGUUCCCCCUGGCCAGCGGCAGCACGUCACCACUGAAGCCAGUCAUUGGUUCCAGCAGAACAUGUGACCAUGUCCACACAAUACGUACGUGAGGCUGCCAUUUUUUAGACACUGUAUAGGGUCGAUGCAGUUGCUCCUCUCAAGGAAGUUUCCACCCCCCGUAUUUUACAGCUUGUGUCCCUAUGGAGCCAAGCAGUCUUCACAUCAUUAUGGGGGCAAUGUGGUGAGUGGUCUGUCCUCGCCCCGCGUACCCCUGAACCUGUAUAUAGAAACCAUGCCUAUAAUCUCACACAUGGCUCAGCUGAUGUAGAGCAGGUCAAUACAGGUAGAUAGGGAAAGCAGGGGUAGUCAC